AACACACCUUCUUGGCCUGACCUUCUUGGCCUGACCUCCUUUGGGACACAUACCUUACAAGCUCCCCGUCUUCUCUGAUUACAUCGGGUAACAUGGCAACCGUUACGUCGUCGCAUCCACAAGCGCUGCCCAUAGCACCUACGUCAUAUCCAAUCAGCAGCAGCAGUCCUCGUUCAAGCAGCACCAGCAUCAGCACCGAGAAGUUCGGCCUCUCAACUGGCAUCAAACCUCGUAAAGCCUCUUCAAAACACAAUGACGUCGACCGUUCCGCAUCACCCAAUCGAUGGAAGACGUUUCGAGCUUCUUUCAAGUAUCUCUACGACCUGACUCCCAAGCAAGUGGAUGACUACAUGUCCUCCUACGUCAUCUACAACUUGGACUGGGAGAACCAGGCCGAGAUGGUCUCAACCUUGGGACCCAAUUAUCAGCAGCGGGUGGGCGACUCUCUCAAGGCAUAUUAUGGCGUCAUGAAUCAUUUGUGCGCUCUUGGUGAUGUGGAAAAGAUGUAUAUUCCACCACUACUAGACAGACAAGCUUCGGUCUUGGACAACCAGCUUCUGAAUGAGGAAGCCAUCGCGAAGGAAAUCGGGCUGAGGCCCGGCGACAGAGUUUUGGAUCUCGGCUGUGGCCGUGGCCGGGUGGCGGCACACAUGUCGAGCUUCACGGGCGCACGAGUAACGGGUCUCAACAUUGACCCGAACCAAAUCGCCCAGGCUCGUGCCUUCAACGAGGAGCAGGGGUUGCAAAACGAGUUUGUCGAGCACGACCAGAACGACCUGCCUCUUCCGUUUGCAGAUCAAUCCUUCGACGCCUUCUACGAGAUCCAGGCCCUCAGCCUGUGCAAGGACCCUCGCGCGCUGUUCAAGGAGAUCUUCCGAGUUUUGAAGCCCGGUUCCAAAUUUCUGUUGAUGGACUGGGUAAGCCUGCCAGCUUACAACCCCGAGAAUCCCGAGCAUGCGGGGCUCAUGCGCCGCGUGAAGCCGUUGAUCGGAGCUGUGGGGACUCCGACGCCGGCGAGCUUCGAAUUAGCGCUGAAGGAAGCCGGCUUUAUAGUCACUACCUCCGAUAAUCCGAGCAUCGAUGGAUUGCAGGCCCCACUGAUCGACAAGGUGGAUAUUUAUUUCCGGGCGAUGCGGCAGGCCAUCCUUGCCGCCGUCAAGUUGCAUAUGCUCCCCCGACAUUUCAAGUCUCUCAUCAACCGGCUCUGUCUGGACGGCCAGGCUUUUGUCGAGAUGGACAACAUGCGCUUGAUCACGACGACGUAUCGCAUCGUAGCGGAGAAGCCAAAAGUCUAAGGCCGCGUGCCCCAACCCAUGACCCAUUAGGUUGGACGCAAGUCCGGCUCCGGCCCUGGCAUCGGCGUCGAAUUGGGGCACAGACCCACUGUCCCCACUCCUC